AUGGAAGUUCAUGAAUAUUAUAGAACAAAGCCGGAUUAUAAUUCAAAUUUUUUUGAGCCAAAAUAUUUUCUAAUGUCUAUGAUGUUGUUGUUUGCCCUUUAUUUUAUUUUAAAAAACACUAACAAUAGAAGAGAGCCAAUAAAAGUAAUAUUAUAAUCUAUUAAUAAAGGAUAGAGUUUGGAGAAAGUUUGCAUUCUCAUAUCAAGAAAUGAUGAAUACAUUUGAUAAUACAGAUAAGGAACUUCUUAAAAAUACUUUCCAUAAUACAAUUUUCAAUACAAAACCAUCGAAUGUUAUGAAUGAUGUAAGAAAACUUAAUAAAAAAAAUCUAAGUGUUCAAUUCGAUUUAAAUAAAAAUAUUACACACUUAUUCCAAUAUAAUGGAUUUUGAGAUAAGCAAACUGAUUGACAAAAUUAUUAAUUAAACAAAC